AUGUUGAAAUGCUGCUCAAAACAAGUUUGGGUUGCUUUAGUCGUUUCCAAAGCAACGUCACAACCGAUUGGAGCUCUAAAGGUUUCCUUACAACCCGAUACUGUCUCAGUGGAUGAAAGCUGUAGAUAUAAACAGAACCUUCCAUGUUUCAAUAUUACUUAUUGUAUGAUUCUGAGAGGACAAUAUCUUAAUGGUCUACAUACGGUCGAAGUUAAAAUUGAUAUUGAUACAUUAUUAGGAUCUGAUGGAUCAAUGUCAAGAGGACAAUUUAUCGUUAAUAAUGAAAAGCUGAAAUCAUUCCGUAAAGAAACGUUGAUCGAAAGGGAUAAAAGGUUUUGUGAGAAACCGAUUCAAGUCAUGAUUAAAAAAGAUAUUCGGGAUAAAUUAACUCCACUAGAGUUUACACUAAAUUACCAAUUAUUGAACAGAUUACCCCAGUUCUGCUCUAACUGUCCACACUUGAUCGACACCUCAACAAUAUCCGAGACAAUACCUUUUGAAACUGGCUGUGGAGAUGAUGGAGUUUGUGUUUCGGAUGUAACCAUGUCUUUAUUUUUGGCCAACAAAACAAGCAAACUUGGAUCACUUAUUGAAGGUUUUCACAGUUCUGUUUAUCUGAUUAUUGCUCUUAACAAUGCUGGUGAAAAUGCUCAUGCAGCCAAGAUAACAUUGACUGUUGAACCACCUUUAAAAACAUCUUUUGAAAGCAUCACAUUUUAUGAAACCAAUGAUACGAGUUUAACGCUGAAUCUGGAUGUUGGUAAUUUUCUUGGUUGAUUGAUUGAAUAUUAGAGAUCUUCUUUUGAAUGUAGCUUUCGUGUUGUGUCCUCAUCACUCCCAGGGUCAAUUACCUUGGCAAUUUGUUUUGUUUGAAAGUCUAACAAAGAAUUGGUUCAACAUUGGACCUGAUUUUAUCGACUGGAAAAGAUUGGAUUUUUUGUUGUACAAAAAAAUCAUUUCAUUGGUUGCAAUAAGG